AUGGAUGGAAAUGGUUCAAUAUCAUCAAAAGAAUUGGGUGUUGCAAUGAGGACAUUGGGCCAAAACCCGACUGAACAAGAAUUACUUGAUAUGAUCAAUGAAGUUGAUUUCGAUGGAAGUGGCAGUAUAGAAUUUCCCGAAUUUUGUCAAAUGAUGAAACGCAUGAAUAAGGAGAACGAUAGUGAAAUGAUACGAGAAGCAUUUCGAGUAUUUGAUCGUGAUGGAAAUGGAUUUAUAACAGCCGAAGAAUUUCGAUACUUUAUGACACACAUGGGUGAACAGUUUAGUGAUGAAGAAGUGGAUGAAAUGAUCGCUGAAGUUGAUAUCGAUGGUGAUGGGCAGGUCGGUUUUUAA